GAUCCUCUUUUUCGUUUUCGUGUUCUGUGGCGCCUGCCACGUGGCCCCGCUAUGGAAUUUCUUCUUUAUUUAUCCAUUUACCGCUUUGAAACUCGCCUGCCACUGUCCGCUCUGUAGUCCGUUCUUGUUUUACGCUGGAAGAGAGAGAGAGAGAGAGAGAGAGAGAGAGGCUUUGCUCAACUUUUUAGCAGGAGAGAGAGAGAGAUGAAAAUCUUGGGAAAAUUUGGAAAUUCUAGGGCUUUCGGUUUUUGAGUCUGCAAUCGUACAUCGAUUUCUUGUGAACAUGGCGACGCCAUUAACGGGUAUUAAUCGGCACAGGGGUGGAGGUGUAGCUAUAAUGCCAGCAGUGAACCCGGUCGAUCCUUCGUCGCCCGCGAGUAGCUUGAAGAACUUGUCCCUAAAAUCUCCAAUUCUCAUCUUCUUGUUCUUCCACAAGGCCAUUCGCGCCGAGCUCGGUGGCCUCCACCGUGCCGCCGUUGCUUUCGCCACAAAUGCGCAGAGCGAUAUCAAGCCCUUGUUGCAGCGUUAUCAUUUUCUUCGCGCAAUCUAUAAGCAUCAUUGUAAUGCGGAGGACGAGGUCAUUUUUCCAGCUCUUGAUAUACGUGUGAAGAAUGUGGCGCGAACUUACUCCCUGGAGCACGAGGGAGAAAGUGUUCUGUUCGAUCAAUUAUUUGAGCUACUGAAUUCAAAUAUGCAAAGUGAUGAAAGCCACCGUAGAGAGUUAGCAUCCUGUACAGGAGCCCUUCAAACAUCUAUUAGCCAGCACAUGUUCAAGGAAGAAGAACAGGUCUUCCCCCUGCUUACUGAGAAGUUUUCAUUUGAAGAGCAGGCAUCAUUGGUAUGGCAGUUUCUGUGCAGCAUUCCUGUAAAUAUGAUGGCAGAGUUUCUUCCAUGGCUUUCUUCUUCUAUUUCAUCUGAUGAUAACGAGGAUAUGCAUAAUUGCUUGUGCAAGAUAAUUCCGGAAGAGAAACUUCUUCAGCAGGUUAUUUUUAACUGGAUGGAAGGGGUAAAAGAUUAUAACAUGCGUGGUAGUCAUGGUGAUAAUUCUAAGAUCCAGUGCUCGAUUGAUUCUGGAGCUAGUUCUUUAAUCAGACCAACUAAAAAGGGGUGCUGUGCAUGUGAAAGUUCCAAGACUGGUAAGCGGAAAUUUGGGGAUUUGGACUCCAACCUUGCUAAUUCCACUUUGGCAUCUCCAAUAGAUGAAAUAUUGCUUUGGCACAAUGCCAUAAAAGGAGAGUUGAGUGAUAUUGCUGAGACGGCUAGGAAGAUACAGUUUUCUAGUGAUUUUUCUGAUUUAUCUGCAUUUGACAAGAGGCUGCAAUUUAUUGCAGAAGUUUGCAUUUUUCACAGUAUUGCUGAGGAUAAAGUUAUAUUCCCUGCCGUAGAUGCAGAACUCUCUUUUGCACAGGAGCAUGCUGAAGAAGAAAGUCAAUUUGACAAGUUCAGGUGCUUGAUUGAAAGUAUUCAGAAUGCUGGAGUCAAGUCAUCUUCGGCUGAUUUCUAUACAAAAUUGUGUGCGCAUGCUGAUCAAAUUAUGGACACCAUACAGAAACACUUCUACAAUGAGGAGGUUCAGGUUCUUCCACUCGCUAGAAAGCAUUUUAGCCCCAAAAGACAACGAGAACUUCUGUAUCAAAGCUUAUGCGUAAUGCCCUUGAAAUUGAUUGAGUGUGUCUUGCCGUGGUUGGUGGGUUCACUCAGUGAAGAAGAAGCAAGAUCGUUUCUUCGAAAUAUGUAUUUGGCAGCUCCAGUGUCAGAUACUGCUUUAGUUGCACUUUUUUCUGGUUGGGCAUGCAAAGGCCGUUAUGGAGAUGGUUGUUUGUCUUCAAGUGCAAUUGGCUGUUGUCCUGCAAAACUUCUGACUGAAACUGAAGAUUUUGAGCGGGCAUUCUUUGCAUGCACUGGGUCACUUUCCACAGAGGAGAAACUUGCAUCUGUACAGGCAAGUGAUGCCAGGGCAAUUAUGUUUGGAAAUGCUUUGUUGUGUGCAACUGAUGACGUUCCUGAUGCUAUGAGGACUAUGAAUGCACAGAAAGUAGCUUGUAGUAAUCAGUCUUGCUGUGUGCCUGGGUUAGGAGUGAACAGCAGUAAUCUGGGAAUGAGUUCUCUUGCUGCAGCAAAAUCUUUGCGCUCCUUAUCGUUUAGUUCUUGUGCUCCAUCCCUCAACUCCAGUCUUUUUAACUGGGAAACAGAUAUAGGUUCUGCAGACAUUGGAUGUGCAACACGACCUAUUGAUAAUAUAUUUAAUUUUCAUAAAGCCAUCAGGAAAGACCUGGAAUACCUGGAUGUUGAAUCUGGAAAACUUAGUGAUUGUAAUAUGAAUUUCCUUAGGCAGUUUAGUGGUAGAUUUCGCUUAUUAUGGGGCUUAUAUAGAGCUCAUAGUAAUGCUGAGGAUGAUAUAGUAUUUCCAGCAUUAGAAUCUAAAGAGACACUUCACAAUGUUAGCCACUCUUACACCCUGGACCACAAGCAGGAAGAAGAACAUUUUGAGGAUAUAUCAUCCACACUUUCUGAGCUUAUCACACUUACUGAAAGCUUGAACAAUUCAAAUCUAUCUGAUGAUAUAGUUGGAAAUAAAUUUGAUUCGUCUGAUUGUAACAGUAGCAUGAGAAAGUAUAAUGAGCUUGCCACGAAGCUUCAGGGCAUGUGCAAAUCCAUAAGAGUAACCCUAGAUCAACAUGUUUUCCGGGAAGAACUUGAGCUUUGGCCAUUGUUUGACAGACAUUUUUCUGUGGAGGAGCAGGACAAAAUUGUUGGGCGCAUAAUUGGUACUACAGGUGCAGAGGUUCUGCAAUCAAUGUUGCCCUGGGUAACAUCUGCUCUCACCCAGGAGGAGCAGAGUAAAAUGAUGGACACAUGGAAGCAAGCAACCAGGAACACAAUGUUCAGUGAGUGGCUUAAUGAAUGGUGGGAAGGAGCGUCUGCUGAUUCUCGAAAGGUUGAAACAGCAGGGAGUAGUGUCUCUCAAGGUGCUGAUCUUUAUGAAAGUGUGGACCACAGCGAUCACACUUUCAAACCUGGAUGGAAAGACAUAUUUAGGAUGAACCAAAAUGAGCUUGAAUCUGAGAUAAGAAAAGUUUCCCGAGAUCCAACUCUUGAUCCAAGAAGAAAAGCCUAUCUGAUUCAAAAUCUUAUGACCAGUCGCUGGAUAGCUGCUCAGCAGAAAUUGCCUCAAGCAAGAGUAGGUGAAAGUUCAAAUGGUGAAGAUCUACUUGAGUGUUCUCCAUCAUUUCGAGACCCUGAGAAACAAGUGUUUGGGUGUGAGCAUUACAAAAGAAAUUGUAAACUGCGUGCUGCUUGUUGUGGCAAGCUAUUUACAUGCAGGUUCUGCCAUGAUAAAGUCAGCGAUCAUUCAAUGGACAGGAAGGCAACAUCUGAAAUGAUGUGUAUGCAGUGCCUCAAAGUUCAGGCUGUUGGGCCCAAUUGCACAACAUCUUCCUGCAAUGGACUCUCAAUGGCAAAGUAUUAUUGCUCAAUCUGCAAAUUUUUUGAUGAUGAAAGGACGGUUUAUCAUUGCCCUUUUUGCAAUUUAUGCCGAGUUGGGAGGGGACUUGGCGUUGACUUCUUUCAUUGCAUGACAUGCAAUUGCUGCUUGGCAAUGAAGUUAGUUGAUCACAAGUGCAGGGAGAAGGGUCUGGAAACCAAUUGCCCUAUCUGCUGUGAUUUCUUGUUCACGUCAAGUGCAACUGUCAGAGCUCUUCCUUGUGGUCAUUUCAUGCAUUCAGCUUGUUUCCAGGCAUACACUUGCAGUCACUACAUCUGUCCAAUUUGUAGCAAAUCCUUGGGGGAUAUGGCGGUUUACUUUGGUAUGCUUGAUGCUUUGCUGGCUUCUGAGGAACUCCCAGAAGAAUACAGAGAUCGCUGCCAGGAUAUAUUGUGCAAUGACUGUGGGAAGAAGGGAGCUUCAAGGUUCCACUGGCUGUACCAUAAGUGUGGAUUUUGUGGAUCAUACAACACCAGGGUCAUAAAGCUUGACUCUACAAAUUCCAACUGCUCCAAUGUCUAACUGUUCAGCUGUAUGAAUCUGGAAAAUAACGAGUGAAAAAGGUUUUUGCAAACUACAUUGCCAUUACAGCAGUUGAUCAAUUCAAUCUUCUUGCAUUCUUUAUAUUUCACUGUUAUUUGAAAUUCCUGCAUCUGGGCUGGGGGUUUCUUUUUUAUACCUCCAAAACAUUUUUUCCCUCAUUGCCCAAAGAUAUUACGAUUUUUGUUUUUUUUGUUUGUAUAUUGUUUUGAGUCAUUUGACCGUCAAUAAUACCAAAUUCACAUUCUGGAGCA